AUUAAAACUCUCUCUUUCUCUUUCUGCACCGAAGAUGAUAUGACAACUCAUCAGAUAACUGUUAUUAUUCUAACAUAUUUAUGUUUUAAGAAAUUUUUUUUGUGUAAAUAAUCAGUUUUCUUUUAUCUCGGUAUUUAAAUUGUUAAUAUGGCCAGUCCUCGAACAAAACGUGUUCUUCAGGAUUUGAGAACCAAGGAUGACAAUAAUAAUUGUUUUGAAUGUGGUUCUCAUAACCCUCAAUGGGUUAGUGUUACUUAUGGGAUCUGGAUUUGCCUAGAGUGUUCAGGCAAGCAUCGUGGUCUUGGUGUGCAUAUCAGCUUUGUGAGAUCAGUUUCUAUGGACAAAUGGAAAGAUAUUGAAUUAGAGAAAAUGAAAGUUGGUGGAAAUCGUAAAGCUAAGCAGUUCCUUGAAAGUCAACCUGAUUAUAAUUCAAAACUACCUUUACAAGAUAAAUAUAAUACUAGAGCUGCUGCGUUAUACAGAGAUAAAAUCAAUACAGAAGCACAAGGUAAACCAUGGUCAAUUGAAACUUCAUCCGCAAAGAAUUAUUCAUCCACAAAUAUCACUAAAAGUGCAUCAAGCAGUAGUUUGAGAUCUCAUAAUACUAACAAUUUUUCUGGAUCACAUUAUCAAGGUGAUGACUGGGAUAAUUUUAAUUCUAGUUACCAGAGUAGUGGUGGUGGUGGCGGCGGCAGCAGCGGUGGUUUGAAUGAUAAGAGUAUAUCAUAUCAGCGAGAUGCAUUUUUCAGUAGGAAACAAGAUGAAAAUUUGUCUAGACCUGAUAAUGUUCCUCCUAACCAAGGUGGCAGAUAUACUGGAUUUGGCUACCAAAUGGCUCCUCCUCCUAGAAGUCAGUCUCAAGAGCUAAUGGAUGGAGCUUGGUCUUCAUUGUCUUCUGGCUGGUCUUCAUUUGCUUCUGGGGCCUCUAAAUUUGCUUUUAAAGCAUCUGAAGGUGCUGUAAAAUUGGGUAGUAUAGCUUCUCAAAAAGUUAUAGAAAUAUCUGAAACUGUGAAUGAAAAGGUUAAAGAAGGAAGCUUAGUUGAAGAUCUACAAUCUCAAGUUACAACUAUUGGGAGUAAGGUAGCUGAUGUUGGGAAAAAAGGUUGGACUGAUUUGUCAUCAAUGUUUAAUCAGAAAGUUACAUUAGAAAAGGCUGAGGGAGCACCUACUGAAAAAUCAUCUUUAUUAGGGUUAAGUAGUCCUAAAGAUAUGAGCUCUCCUACACAAGGAACAAUGUCAAACAAUGACUGGCAAAGCGAAGAAUGGAAGUGGUCUAAUGAACAAUCACAUUCUUCUAAAUACCAUUCAAGAAAUGAUGAUUCUCCUUCUCCGAAGCAUUCCAAAAGUCGUUCCUCACGAACCACCCCCACUUCUCCGGAGAGUAAAAAAAUGCUUGCUGGAGACAAUAACCUUAUUGACUUUGGUAAUAGUGAUGAAUACAACAAUAAGCCAGAUAAAGAAAGAAAGCCAUCUGAAUGGGACAAUAAUUGGGAGGAUAUUUCUUGGGAUCCCUUAGAUAAAAAGUCAUCUAGUAAAGGAGGGUACCAAAGAAUAGGAUCAAAGAAGGAAUAGCUUUUUAAUUAAUUGAUUUUCAUUCCGUUUUUAUUUUUGAGGUAUAAAGUGUUGGAUGUUUAAUGUAAUUAAAUAGCUUAAAACAAACAAAAAAAAAUUGUUAUGAAUGUCUUUUUUACAUAUGUAAUAAAAUACUCUUGAAAGUAUGAAAUAUCUAAUCGCCCAUCUUUUGGGAGAUUGUCAUUUUUAUUCUAAAUUUUGUGGUAUCUUUUUCUUUGAUUUAAAAUUAUCUUGAUAUUUUUUAAAUUGAAGCAUUUUAUGCAUUUUUUUUUUCAAAUUUAUUAUUAAGUUUUAAAAUACUUGUUUCUUUUUUCCUUUUUUUUUUUUUUUUUUUAAUCUAAAUUAUUUCAGAGUUUAUUAUCAUUUACCGGUGCAUACAUUAAUUUUCCACUUUUUCUGACAAGAAUUAAAACCCUGUAACUAUUUAUUCCAUGGGUGCCUCAUUUGUAUAAAAAAGAAUAAUGAUAAUUUUGAGAUUUUUGCACAGUAGUAUUACUUAAAUUUGGCAGUGUAAAUAAAUAUAUAUUCUUGUUAUUAAAUAUUUAUCUGAAAACUGAUAAUUUAUUCUAAAAGUGCCUGUUAAGUAAAAAUGUAGUAAAAUAUUUGCAUAGUCCAUUUUUGGUUGUUUAUAGCAGAUAUUUUGAUAUCCGAGUAUCAACUGAGAUUCAGAUAUGCAUUUCUUUUUUUUAUAUAUAAGUUUCUGUUGACUUAUUUAUUAAAAAUUUGGGGAAGAAUUAUAAUAUGUAUGUCAGUUACAGAAGAUUUAUCUGUAUUGUUAAAUUUGUUUAAGAAUUUAUCCUUCAAAAAGUGUUUGAAUAUAUUGCCAUUCAAAAAGUGAUGAGUAAAAUUGUCUAUAUUUUACAGUUAUUGAAUGUUUCUAUAUAUAUAGAUGUGUAGAAUUAGAUGAGUAUUUUGAAUAUAUACAUAUAUAAUGAAAUAACCAUGCAAUAAAAAAAGUUGUGUAACUGGAUAUCAUGUAAAUAUCAUUUAUUAAAUGUUAAAGAUAUCUAAAUUCAUUGAUAAGUCUUGAAAUUAAAUAUAUUUGAAAUACAAAAAUAAAUAUUUACUAUUGGUCAAGUGAAUUUUAUUGAUAUUUCUUGUAAGCUUAUUUUUUGAAUUUUAUUUUUAUUUUCCCUUUAUUUAUGAAAUUGAAGUUAGAAAAAUGUAUCAUAUCAUUUUAACAUUUUGUACUUACACUUGUAGUAACCUUAUAAUUAUGAUGCUAACUAUUUACAUUUGAGUGGUAUAUGCAACUAUUAUUUCAAUUUUUUUUUUAAGGAAAUGUGUAGUGCAUAGUUUCAAAGUAGCCUUUUAUUUAUGCUGAUGAGUUGUCUAUUUGAUGAAUUUUAGCUGUUUUAAUAAAUAUAUUUAGCAUUUUAUGUUUAGCUUGAGCAUUAUUUAUGUGUGAAAUGUUAUCUGCGAAGCAGUUUUGGUGUACAUGUUCAGCUUGUGUUUGUGUCUUGCACUGUAUAUUUCAUAUUAAUUUUCAAAAAAUUAUUUUAUUGCAAAAGAUAAACAAUCUUUAAUAUUACUUUUGUUUACAUUAACAAAAGAAAUUUCCAAAGUAAUCAUAUUCCACCAUCUGUGCUUUAAUUAUUGAAUGUCUUUUCGCUGAAUAUGAAGUCGAUUUAUAUAAGGGAUGGGCAGUUUUUAAUCAGUUUACAUGAUCAUUAGGUCAAAUUGAUUUUAUCAAAUGUAAAAUUGUCCUUUAAUACUCAUUACUUUUGUUUAUAAGAACAAAAGUUUUCAAAGUACUGAUAAUUAUCCAUCUCCUGUACUUUUAGCAUUGAAUGAGUUUUCAAUGAAAUUAGUUCAAAUUCAUAUGGUCAGAGAAUAGCUUUUGUUAUGGAAACAAUUUAAUUGACAUCAUAAUCAAUGAUUAACAUAAUUGUAUGUUAUUUCAAGCUGUUUUGUUUAUUUUGCCCUUUUUCAUACAGCAGCAUAUGCAGUAUAUUCCAAAACUAUAUUUGAGCAGUGCAUUUGAUGUACUAUCUGGGCCUAAGUUGUUUCUGGUAGAAAAUCUUGAUUAAAUAACAGCCAACUCCAAUUAUAUGAGUUGGCUUGUUGCCAAAAUGAUGAGAUUAUUCCAAGACUUUGAUUUGUUAACCUAUUAAUGUGUUUUAUUAAGUAGAAUCUGCCAUUAUAAAUUAUAAUUUCAUAUUUGCAAAUCACUUACUGCUGCUUCUAUUUCUUUUGAAUUUUCUAUCUCAUGAUAUCUAAUACAAACAUUCAAAAGGAGUUAGAAAAAAAAAGGGACUAAAAUCAAUAGAUAUUGGCAACACUUUUAAAUUCUGCUUUUUUCUGUUGAUUUUUUAAAUAUCUUUUUUAUGUAUGUCAUAUCAUAUGAAUAUCAUAUAAGGUAAUAUCAUAUGAAACCUUAGAUUUUCUUUGUAUAUUUUGUUUCGAUCCAUUUAACAUUACAAAAUCUUUAGCUGAUACAAAAUUACAAUUUGACACAUUAAAAUGUUCCAUAAGAUAUGCAUGCAGUAUAAGCUGUUUUGAGAUUAAAUUACAUUAUUGAUGCUUAAUCAACUUUCUAAUGAGCUAUGUAUUGAGGGACAUUUAAUAGACUGAAAAAUAACUUGCUACAUAAGACUUAAAUUGCAAAUUUUUAAAUAAUUUCAUAAUUCUUAUUAAAAUAAAAUUAUUCAUUUUUAAAAAAAUUAAUUAUAUAGACCUGUUUUACAUAAUACAUUGGCAUGAACCUUUUUUUAAUUUUUUUUAUUUUUUUUUAUU